GUGAAGGACUGAGGGGUAACUGAGCAUGUUUCCACCUCUGCGCCAAAUUGUAAGGGAUCUUUCCUACAGUUCGGUCAGUCCAGUGUGCUGCUCGGUGUACCAGGGGCAGAUGCAGACCAGCGUCACAGUAACUCUUGGGACCAUACAGAUCAUGGUGGGCCUGUUCAACAUUGGACUUGGGCCAGGACGUUCAAGCACACAACCUGGAGAUUUCACCAGCUUGGGAGCUGCUUAUUGGCUGGGUGCUGUGUUCAUUGUAACUGGGAUCAUGUCCAUUUUGGCUGGUCAGUUCCCUUCUUCAUGCUUGGUGGGCUUCACUGUGUUCAUGAACAUUGCUGGAGCAAUCUUUGCCAUUACUGGCAUUGUGCUGUACGCCAUAGACCUGAAAGAUGCCUCCCUCCUCUGGAUCUGUGAUCGUAGCACCAUCAGUGUUGAUCAGUAUGAGGACAACUGUAGAAAUGUGGCACUCUUUGCCCAGAAUUUACUGAGAUCCAUGGACAUCACAAUGAUUGUGUUCACUGUGCUUCAGCUGUGUGUCAGUGUUCAGUUUGCCAUUCUGGGGAUUAAGGCUUUGACCAGUGAGAUGAAGAAGGAAGAGGGUGACAAAGAUGUUGAAGAUCAGCAGCCAAAGUUUAAGGAACGUCUCCUGACUGGUCCUGAUGCUUAAAACCAUUUCAGCUGAACACAUGAAUAUGCAGCACUUCAUUACCAAUAAUAGUAC